AUGGGUAAUCUCACCAUAGUUACAGAAUUCCUCCUUAUGGACUUUUCCAAAAAUUGGGAACUGCAGAUCUUACAUGCCAUGCUUUUCUUGCUGAUCUACCUGAUGGCUCUAAUGGGGAACCUGCUCAUUUUCACCCUCAUCUCUCUCAAUGGGCACCUCCACACUCCCAUGUACUUCUUUCUGAAGAACCUGUCCUUUUUAGACAUCUGCCUUAUUUCUGUUACUGUUCCCAAAUCCAUUGCAAACUCCCUGAGCCACAGCUGCUCUAUCUCUUACUUGGGAUGUGUAUUACAGGUCUUCUUAGUGAUUUUAUUUGCAGGAUCAGAGAUUUCCUUCCUCACAGUGAUGUCUUAUGACCGUUAUAUAGCCAUCUGCCUGCCCCUGCACUAUGAAACCAUCAUGACCAAAGGAUCUUGUGUGAGGAUGGCAGUGGCUUCCUGGUUCAGUGGAGGUGUGUUUGGGGCCAUGUACUCAGCUAGUACAUUCUCUUUACCCUUCUGCGGCCUCAAAGAGAUCCAUCAGUUCUUCUGUGAUGUCCCUUCUUUACUCAGGAUCUCCUGCUCUGAAAAACACAUUGCAGUUUAUGUGAGUGUUGCAAUUG